AUGGAUGUUGGUAACGAUGGCUUGAUUUCCCUCAAGGACGAAAUUGCGGACCUUGAGAGUCGCUUGAACAAUGCGCGGACCAAGCUCGUCGCCGCCUCCAAUAAGCCGGAUAGCGGUACCCAGGUGUCUACUAUCCACGGUACCCAAGUGUCCACUCUCCAUCAGGUACAAACCGAGCCGAAGACACAUUUUCUUCUUCUACUAUCAGACUCUGCGCUUCCUCUUGGCUCAUUUGCCUUCUCAUCGGGCCUUGAAUCUUACAUUGCCCACCAACAUGGACAGCGUACCCCUCCCCGGCGCUCAGUUGAACGUUUUCUCCGCUUAUCGAUCCAUUCCCUCAGUGCAAGCACCUUACCGUUUGUGAUAGCUGCGUAUAAGACGCCCAUAGAUUCGUCCAUUCUCGACGACAUCUUUGACGCUUCUACUACUUGCUCCGUCGCUCGGCGUGCCAGCAUCUCACAAGGCCGCGCACUUCUAAGCGUCUUCGAGAAGUCAUUUUCAACAUCAUUGCCGACUUCACCACCAGACAUGGAAGCAUUCGGAACUUAUCGCCAAUCGCUUCGCUCGAAGAUUUCCGAGGAGCGCGCGAACGGCCACUUCGGAAUUUCUUGGGGAUUGGUUUGUAAAGUUUGUGGGUUGGACCUUGAAUCUACAUGCUAUCUAUUCCUGUUCAACCAUGCCAAAGCUACACUAUCUGCGGCUGUUAGACAAAGCUUGAUAGGACCGUAUCAAGGCCAAGCUUUGCUGGCUGCCGAGUCAACUCGGAUGUGUGUCAGGGACGGACUAGACCUAGGUGGGCGUACAAGUGUAGAUAAAGCUGGCCAAAUGGUUCCCACUUUCGAUAUUUAUCAGGGUCGUCACGAAUUGCUUUAUUCUCGGGUAUUCAAUUCUUGA